AUGUCUGAGCGAUCGUGUCCUGUGUCUGGGUCUAUGGGUGGUGGAAGAUGUCCCGCAGGUGCACAUGGGCAAACAGCGAAUCGACGGGUUGGACCGCGAGGUUGUUCCUUCUCAGGUUAUACCCAGCAAGGAGACCUUCAUGCUGCUUUUGAUAUACCACGAGGGGUAGACGUUGAUGAGUGGCUGCGUGCUAGGGAGAGAAAAGCUAUCAACGAGAUCGUCUACUCGGAUAUCCCAUCAGCGGACCACAUCGCUCAAGUGAAGAACGUCGACACUCUCGUUGCGGAUGACAGGGACCUACUCGCCGUUGCCCUGGGUGCGCCUGCUCGGCAAGUCAUUCUUCGAGCCGAAGGAGUCGGAUCCCAAAGUGGAUGGAAGGACGGAUACCUCAGCGCUGAAUAUGGCUUCAACGCACCCGACUCAAAUGAAGCUGCCGGAGCCCUCGCCAACUGCCCUGGACGCGUCUGGUCCGAUCUCUGCGAGAGGAUGCCCGGUUGUGUCUCACGAGGACGCGUCAGAGAGUCUGUCGCUGCUCUUCCCCUCGUCGAAGGAACCGAGGAAUAUGUCCCGGAUCAAGCCCUCUGGGCUGCUAUCGUGGCCCUGGGCAUGUUGUGCUCCAUCUAUCGCUACGAAGAUAAGAACGAUGGAUACGACGGUGUCAGCAUCAACUCGAUCUCUACCAAGCCUCGCGUAGAAAUGAGCGACGACCUCGGACCGGAACUGAUAGGAAUCCCGAGGACUAUCGGGCUGCCAUACUGGCAGGUCUCGCGACGUAUGGGACGGGCUAUUCCCCAUCUUACUUUCUUCGACCAAGCAUCCUACAACAUCAAAGUGCGCGACCCGACUUCUGUCUACCCAUAUGUUGGCCGCUUCGACAAUACCGAUCUCCGUUGGCCCAUGUUUGGAGAGCGUACCGAGAUUGCUUUCUUGAAGGGCUGUGCCGACACCUCGGCAUCCUUCCAACACGGCCCAGAUGCCAUAGCCGCUUGCCAAGAGCACGUCAUGAACCGGAACAACGAGGGCUUAUUGAGGGAGAUGAUCAGACUCAAAGAAAUCCUCGAAAGGAUGCCCAACGCCUUCCACUCCAUCUCAACCAACCCCAACUCGGGCGAUAACUACGUCUCGGCGGCCGAGUGGGUGCGAUGGGGCAAGUUUUCCGCGCCGCUGUCCAAGAGAUGCCCAGCCGCUUCCGGUCUUCAAUUCCCGCCGUAUCUUCUCAUGGACGCCUUCCUCGGCCGCAAGAAGUACGAUUCCUUCCUAGGCAACGAGGGUUUGCACCUACGCGCAUGGCUGCCGUCCAAUCUGCGAGCUUUCAUUGCCUCUGUCGAGUACCACUAUCGGAUUCCAGAGUAUGUCAGGGGGUCUGGCGAUCCACGACUCAUGGGCGUCCUUGACGGGAUCAUCGAGGCGUACACGGGCGAGCGAGGGUUCAUGGGCACGCAUAGGUACAAGGUGUUUGGUAUCCUGGAAGUAGCCUCCAAGACUGGCCGAACGGAAACGAACGGUGCCUCUGGCGCCUCUGAUGAUUCGGGAAGGCCAUGGGAGGAAGUACACCGCCAAUUCUCGGAUGCCAUGAAGGAACGCUUGGAGCCCUACCGCGGAAACAUUCCCGUCGAACCCCAUGAGAUGCGUGGCACCUUUGAAGAGUGCCGGUACAAGUCGCGUAUCCUCUCUCGAUCUUUUGUCGACUCGGACCAUGAUCGGUCAAUCUCUAUGGUCACGCUUGAUCUACACAACACUGGCAUCACGUUCCAGCCGGGCGACAGACUCGCGAUCAUGCCCCUCAACAGCUGGGAGGAAUGUGCCAAGGUAGCUGCGGCGCUCGGUUUGGACACGAUGCUUGAAAGCCCUGUUCUUCUCGACCGCAAGUGGUCUCGGUUUGCCGAGCACUUGGAGACGGUCUCUAAUCACGGCGUUGCGAGCACCUCCACGAAGACAAGGAAACUCAUGGUCAAGGAUAUCCUCCGCCGAGGUCACCUGGCCCCGUUGACCCAGGAUCUCGUCCUCAAGAUCCACGCAAUGCUGAGGGCCUCGUCAAACACCGUGCUCCAGGUGCUGGCGACUGAGGAGUGGCCGGUCCGUGGCUCACUGGGUGACCUUCUCCAGGCCGCUGUCAUGGACACCCCGACGCACAUCUGGGACCAAGCAUUCGACCUCUCCAACGACGUGGCGUGGCUCAGUGAUCUCAUCUCGGUUGAGAUCCCGCGCACAUACUCCAUAUCCAACUACCCCGAAGAGCUACUCCCAAGCACAGUCGACCUCACAAUCUCACGGGCAGAGUACAAACUCUGCGCCACGUUUGCGGGAAAGUCUGACAUCUCACGAUCGGGCGUAAGCAGUGGCUACCUCAACCCACCCGUUGGCUCACCAGAUGACUUCAUCGCCGACGAAGACGAACUGCUAGUCGGGAUCUCCAGACCCAUCGCCUUCCAGCUACCUCUUGAUGGCGCCGCACCCUGCGCAUUCUUCGCCGGCGGUAGUGGCAUUGCCCCUUUUAGGAGCUUCUGGCAGGCUCGUGCUGGCCGCUCAGUCGGAAAGAACAUGCUUUUCCUGGGUGUUCAGAACCGGGAAAAGUUCUGCUACGAGGAUGAGCUCCGUCAAUACGUCAAUGCGGGGCUAAUGGAGGUUCAUCUCGCGUUUUCCCGUGAUAGCCGCGGUCUUGCAUACGACCCCAUCAUGAGAGACCUCAUCGAGCGCCGUACCGAGCCACGAUACAUCGAUUCGCUCAUCGUAGAGCAGGGAGCUAGCGUGUGUGACUUGGUCAUGUCCAAGAAGCAAGGCGGCCUUGGAGGGUAUCUGUACAUCUGCGGCUCCGUUGAUGUCUUUGACUCCGUCAUGAGCGGGCUGCGCAAGGCCAUUUACAACCAUCGGACGGCGACCAUGGAGUCUACGGAUCUAAUCAUCAACACCGCCUUCGCCGAGCGGCGGAUCAUGUUGGACGUCUUCAUGACUCCGAAGCCGCUCCCCUGUAAUCGACCAACCAUCCCACUCUCACAGCUGUCUGUCCAUACGGGACAUAGACCUGGAGGAAGGAUGUGGAUUGCCGUCCACGGAAGUGUAUACGACGUGACGGACUUUUCUCCUAUGCAUCCGGGAGGCACUUUAAUAAUGAGGUCGAAUGCGGGCGUGGACUGCACGAAAUCCUUUGACAAUUUGGCACACACGAACAACCCAGAAGUGGCCAGCCUGCUCACGAAGUACUUCAUCGGCCAUCUGACCCCCAAGCCCGAGUAUCAUGACUGCGAGGAGAUCAGCGGCCUGUAUGACAUGUGGUCGGCAUACCUACGAACGACCGUCGAGACACUCGUCUCUCAGCAAUUUGAGAUGGACGACAUUCUCGGCUCGUCGAAGCUCUGGUUCCAGGGCAGCCUCAUCAAUAUGCUGGGUGUACGCAUCUUCUACCAAUACCAAUCCCGCCUCCUCCAAGGAGGUUUCUCUGCCCUCUUUGGACCCAAGUUCCAAGAACUCGUCCUCAAACUCUCUUUCACGAUGGCCAACGCCGCGUCCGUCGGAUCCGAUACCAAACUCCCCGACAUCCUCGGCAUCAUCGCCAGGGCCAAAACCUCCACCGACGCCGUCACAACCUCCAAGGAGGUCUCGCGCAUCGGCCAAUUCAUCUGCGACAGCGAGCCAGCUCGUCUCAUGGAGCGCGGCAUCAUGGACUACGCCAACAAGUCAGUCCAGCUCGACAUUGAGCUCCUCGAAGACAUCC